AACGUACCGAAAUGCUGACUUCUACCCAAGAUUGUCGGCUAUAACCGAACUCGUGCGCAGAAAAAUGUUCACAGUCGGCGCGCGGGGCGUGACUUGCCCACGCCGCGUUGGCGCAUGACACGAUGUGUUGCAGAGGUUGUAACGCAGUUUCUAAGAGAGGUGGGUGCAACACCGUUUUCCAGCCCUAUCCUGCGAUAUUGUUGGAGCUGAUUUUGCCGCGGCAGGUUCAAGAGACCGGAGAUCGUGCCCCUGGUUCUCCUGACCUUUGCUCUGGCGAGCUUCAAGCCGAGCAUAUCUACUUACUGGAACUGCGACAGCAUGGGAAGACGCUGGAGCCCGUUCUGGGUUAUAUACCUCCCCUGACUGCGGGUGGAGCCGACGGGCGUAACAUGGUACAAGCUCAGCAGCUGCCUAUUAUCGCGCCGUUUCCAUCCACAGGUGAUCCCACAGCGGUCGCCGCCAAUAGUGGCAUUGGCUCCGGCACAGCCAGUGCCGUGCCUCUGCCGGCCGCCAGUGGCUCAACCAACUAUCCUAAUCAUCUCCUCCCGGACCCAGUUAUUUACUCUUUGUCAUUCGACCCCGAUUACGGCGCGUACUCUCCGUUUGGUGAACACUUUUUGUCUCCCAGCGGUCGCCGUGGCCCAGGCGCUCUCGGUUGAUUCUCCAUAUUUUUUGAAUGGAUUUGGGCGAGCAAUGCAGUAGAGUCAGAAGUUUUUGUAUUUAAAAAAAUCAUAUAACAGACAGAAGGGGACCUAUAGCCUGUCGG